AUGGGGUGCGCUACUUCUGUAUAUGCCGCUGUUGGAACAAAGAAGAAGUUGACUGUCCCUGAAGUUGUCGUCUUCGUCCCAUCCGCUCGCAUUCCUGCACAAUCUGAUCUUCAAAAGCAGCUUAGAGGCCGUAUUCCAAAAGAUGUUGUUGACAGAUUGUCUUCUCUCCGCAAUCAGAUUGUCUUUGUGGCAGAGGACACCGAUGGAUCUGCUAUACCAGAACUUCGCCGAGGGCUUGAGGAAUACUUGUCUCUUUUAAUUGGCCUCACUAACAAAGAAUAUGGUCUUGAGGGAUUGAUUGAAUUCAAGUGGAGAAGUUUAGACGAUGGGAAACACGACGCCUCCUCAUCAUGUGUAGCAAACUCUUGGUUUGAAGUACUGUCUGUUGUUCACAUGAUGGCUAUGCUUGCGUUGUCGGAGGCUGACACAGUGAUGAUUCCAAAGGACCAUUCUGGCUCUAGUAUAAGAACUGUCUCUUCAGAUUGCAAGAGAGAAGCUGUGGACUUAUUGCUUAAGGCAACAGGGUAUUUGGAAUUCUGUGUCCGGGAAGUACUGGUUCACAUACCACCUGAAAUCAAGAAAAGUUUUCCGAACGAUUUGCAGGAUGGUGUGUUGGAGGCCAUUUCCUUUCAAACUCUUGGCCAGGGAACUGAAAUUCAGCUUGGUUUAGCUGUUGAUUGUCAGAAGGCCACUUUAUCAGUUAAAAGGAGACUGGCCUGUGAACAAUUGAGCUAUUUUAGCCAGGCUUAUCACUGCUUGUCUGGUCGUGAUCACUUCAAUAACGGAUAUGCAAAGAAGCAUAUGUGGUUCAUCAAAUGGAAAUUUCUCGAGUCAAAGGCUGCAGCAUACUACUUCCAUGGUUUGAUGGUUGACAAGGGUAAUGAACCAUCAUGCCAUGUCAAGGCUGUAUGUUGUUUUCUUGCCGCAGAAGAAAUUCUAUCAGAGAGCAAGAAAGCUUGCCUUACCUUUUGCCUUGCAGCUCCAGUUACCAGGGCUGCUCCACUCUGGGGAGCUAUGAAGCAUUUGCAUCAGAAAAUCCCUGAAGUUGCAGCAAGGAAAUCCCAGAUGUAUGGCUACCUCUUAGAACAAGAGAAGGUUCUCCAAGCAUUGCCUGACCUACCAGAAUUUCAACUGUCAUUAAGACCUGAUGACUAUCAACUACCUGAAAUUGACCCAGCUUGGGAGUCGGAAAAAUGGGAAACUCAAAGCCAGAGCUUGAAAGAGCACCUAAACGAUAGCGAUGACGAUGAUGAGACUGAAACCAAGUGA